AUGGCUAAAUUCGUGAUCGCGGGUAGAGCAGAUUGUCCACAUUAUGCUAAGGCAGAACUUCUGGCAGACUAUUUACAGAAGAAUCUUCCUAAUUUUCGAAUAUAUAAAAUUACUCAAUGUCCUGACGUUUGGGAGGAGUGGCUUGAAAAUGUGUGUGAAGAGAAUAAAUGGAAUCACAAAAACUCCCCCAUCAUCUGGAGAGAGCUGCUGGAUCGUGGAGAAAAGGGUUUGCUUCUGGGAGGAUAUAAUGAGUUCCUGGAGCAUGUCCAGCUUUACUAUGGUGUCACCUCUAGCAUGACAACUGAGAUGAUGAUGAUAAUUGCUCAAGAGAACCUGGAGGCACACCUAGAAAAAAAGCAGGAGAAAGAAAACCUGAAAGGCCUAAUCAGCCCCUUACAGAUCUGGAUCACCAGCGCAGCCUCCCCUGCCUGCUACAACCUAAUCCCCAUACUGACGAGCGGCCAGGUGUUUGGCUUGCACACAGAAAUCAGCCUGACUCUGUUUGACCAAGAGGAGGUGGAAAAAUCCCUGCAAGGCCUGGUGCUUGAGACCGAGGACCUGGCGUCGCCGGUCCUGCGCAGUGUGUCCUUCUGCACCAAAGUGGAGGAGGCCUUCCGCCAGGCCGACGUGAUCAUCGUGCUGGAGGACAGCAUGGAGGAGGAGGUGCACACGCUGGAAGACUGCCUGCGAAGCAGGGUGCCGCUGUGUCGGCUCUACGGGUACCUGAUGGAGAAAAACGCCCACGAGUCGGUCAGGGUCGUCGUGGGAGGGAAAACCUUCGUGAACCUCAAGGCGGUUUUGCUCAUGCGGUAUGCCCCCGGCAUCGCGCGCAACAUCAUCGCUGUGGCGCUCGGGGUGGAGGGCGAGGCGAAAGCUGCAGUGGCCAGAAAGCUGAAAACAGCCCCCUCGUGCAUCAAAGAUGUUAUAAUUUGGGGUAAUAUCAGUGGAAAUAACUAUGUUGAUCUGAGGAAAGCAAGGGUUUAUAGAUACGAGAGUGCCAUUUGGGGACCUCCUCAUUUUUCCCGCCCUGUUUUAGACUUGAUUUUUGACAGUGACUGGUUAAAAAGAGAAUUUGUGGUGACUCUUAAAAACUUGACUGACACUGGGCAACAAUUUGGAGGCAUUUUGGCUGCACACAGCAUAACCACUACACUAAAAUAUUGGUACCAUGGCUCACCGCCCGGGGAGAUUGUGUCCUUAGGAGUGUUGAGUGAAGGCCAGUUUGGUAUCCCUGAAGGGAUUGUCUUUUCUAUGCCUGUGAAAUUUGAGAAUGGAACUUGGGUGGUUCUUACAGAUCUAAAAGACAUUGAAAUAAGUGAACAAAUAAUGGCCAGAAUGACAAGUGAUCUAAUUCAGGAGAAACUUGUCGCACUUGGAGAUGUGUUAACUUUUCAGCCAUACCAAUCAGACCAUAAAGCCAGUGUGUAUUCCGAUCUAGUCCCAGAUGAAAACAAACAUCUAGCUGUGUCAGACGACCUUGAAGGCAACACUGAGGAACGCUGA